CUUCACCUUGACAGGUGAGAGGGGCUCGACUUGCUGUGGACCUGAUACCGUCCGGCGGACAGCGCGCUGCGGGCGGCAGGUGCUUCUCUCCGCUCCACGUUGUCCCCUUCCCGGCAUGUCGGCGAUAACGUGCUCGGGGCCGCCGGGUCGAGCGGCCGCCUCCGGUCCGUGUGGCAGAACCGUCAUCUAGAAUCACAGGAGUGGAUUUUAUCUCCCGCGACACGUGGAAGAGGCGGAGAAUCCCGCGGCGGGUCGAGCUGCUCGUUGUCCGCAGGCAUGAUGCUUGGAGGCCGCUGCGUGAGGCAGCCAGGACGCACAUGAUGGAGGAGGCUGCCAGUCAGCUCGAGCGGGACCAUGUGCACAACGUCUAUGACAAGAUUGCUCCGUACUUCAACGACAGCCGCUAUAAAGCCUGGCCGAAGGUCCGGCAGUUCCUGCUGGACCUGCAGCCGGGGAGCAUCGUGGCUGACAUUGGCUGCGGCAACGGCAAGUACCUUCACAUCAACGAGGAGGUGUUCAAGCUGGGGUGCGACGUGUGUCACCCCUUGUUGGACUUUGCAUGGAGCCAAGGACACGAGGUCCAGAUGUGCGACGGGCUGCAUUUGCCUUACAGAGACGGCUGCUUCGACGCCGUGCUCUCUAUUGCAGUCAUCCACCAUUUGUCCACCAAAGAACGUCGUAUCCGAGCAAUAAAGGAGAUGGCUCGCACCCUGCAAGUGGGCGGGCGCAUCAUGAUCUACGUGUGGGCCAUGGAGCAGAAGCGUCGGCGGUUUGAGAAACAGGACAUCUUUGUUCCCUGGAACCCCAACCCUCACUCGCCCCGCGGCUCGGCCGAGGAGCACGGCGAACCCAGAAGCAGGGCCACGGCUCAGAGUGCGAGCGAGGCCAUCGACAGCAACGCCGACAAGCACAGGAAAGUCCGGAGCACGUCCUCCGUGGCGGACGAGGAAGCAGACCUGAGCCCCGCCGCGCCGCAGGGCGGCGCGCACAGGCUGUGGUUCUUCUCCAGGUCCCUGGAUUCCGUGUGCGACUUCGGAAGCCUGGUCGCCUCCCGGUCGUCCUCCAGAGAGCUGAGCACUUUACCCCCCACCCCGGGCGAAAGCGAGGGGAACAAGGCCAGCCGGCGCGGGAGAGGCCUCAUCAAACGGGUAUCGAGCUUCUUUUCCCCUUCGCCCGUGAUCGGGUCCGAGGAGGACGUCUUUGACCCCGUCGCAGACCUGCACAACAACAACAACCGCGGCGGCACGCAGAGCGAGGGCGCCUCGGUGUCGCUCGCCCGGGAGUGCGGCUCUCUGGCCCUGCCGGAUCUGGUCCCUUUCCAGAGGGAGCACCUGGUGCAGCCCGGAGGGGAGAGAGAAGGAGGGCCGCAGGGGAAAGAGAAGCGGGAAAGCACAACGGGUUCUCUGGGGAGCGAGGGCCACGUGGAGGGCUCCUGCCUGAGGUACUAUCACGUUUUCAGGGAGGGAGAACUAGCAGAGCUGAUCCAGAAUCACAUUGAGGAGCUUUGUGUCAAACACACCUACUUUGAUCACGCCAACUGGUGUGUGGUGGCAGAGAAAGUUCGCUUAGGGAAAAUAUGAUUUUUAACUUGAUUUUAUUGUCUUGCGUCAACUCUGCCUCAAGUUUUAGCACUGAAUCCCGCAUUUGAUGACAAUGCAAUAUUGUGACUGGAAAGUGAAUAUAGAGAUGUAGAAGUUGUUAAAAGUACACUAAACUAUUCCUUUGCUGCAUUUCUCUCCUUAGUUUGUGUAACUUAAUGGCAUCACAUCUCAUUUUAGAUGGUAUCACUGUAAUGGUUUUGCAGCAGCAGUAGAGGAUGGAGGUUUUCAACAAUGGCCUUCACUGUAAAAACAAUAUUGCUGUUUUCACGUAUUUAUUAUAUAUAUAUAUCAAUACAUGAAACCUACAAGCAUUAUCCACAGUUCAGUGUGUGGUCCCUUUUAGUAUCAAUAUUUAUUUUUUAUUACCAAACCACAGCGUGCUCCAGUGCCGCUAAUGAUUUGGACUCUUUUAAAGAGAAUUUCUGCACCAGAGAUUUAAAGAAAUGCACCGUUUGUCUCUUUGGACUUUUGAUAUUAGCCAAAGAGGAAUUUGUGGAGAUGCAUUACGCUCUUCCACCUGAUCUAAAAUGUUUUACUGUGUUAAUAAUAAUAAUUUGUACUCAGUUAUUUGAUUCUUGAAAAUAAGCUAAACGAUCUGUUAUGAACUCUUGUGUAAUAUCUCAGAACACCAUUGUAAGAGCUCAAAGUUGUGCAGAACAUCUUCCUAAGCAUUUGUGUAUUUACAUUUUAUUCUCCAAGCGUUUCAAAGGCUGAGCUGCCAGUGUACGUGUGCUUGGUGUCUGUAAAAGUUGUAAACAUGUGUUGUCUUGAAUUAACAAAUACACUGCCUCAUAUAAUGUGAAUAAACAUUGCACUGUACUACAAAUAUAUCGCUGCUUGAUGUCAGCCAACGAAAUAAACAAACCUAUUAGUGCAGUAUGUGUGGACCAACUGUGUUCAUUUUAAAGAGACGCUGGUACCUUAAUGUCUUGUGUCUUACUGUUGUAAAUACUGAGUUUGAAUUUGUUUUUCAUUAAUAAAUAUUUUUGUCCAUGA